AUGGAUGUCAUCACUGUACCCAAGCCGCCCCCAUGCCAGCUGCCCGUUGCUCAAGUCUUUGACCGCCUUUCAAGUCGUCAACAGCUUUAUGCCCACUACCUAUCUCGGGCCUCCUGGCAUGGCAGCAGAAUUAUCAUGCGCGGAGACUGGAACAAUCUGGCUGACGAAAACGCUGUGAAUGCGGAUCAAAUCUCUGCUUUCUUGGAAUAUGCCGGCCAUUUCUUGUAUAACAUGGGCAACUACUGGAGCGAGGGCGACCAGAAGUUCAUCCCUGAUCUGUCGCAUGAAGCACUCCGAAAGCUUGUCAGGGCCUCCCGGUCCCCAACAGCUCCGGAUCUACUAGAGAGAGUCAUCGAACCGAUGCUUUCGGGACCACCAUACGUAUUGGGAUAUCCCAGCGAGCGAGCACAGUCGGCUUAUUACCCAGGAGAUGAAAAGAUCAGCAAGGAGGAAAUAUCCUCAGUCUCCAAGGCAAUGGAAGAGCACAAGAUUGAGCCAGAAAACACCAGGCUUCAAAAGGUAAUGGUAGCUGGCAGAGCAGAGUUCCGAAUCCUCCAAGCUUCGACGGAUAACUUUCCCAAGAAGCACUUGUGUGACAUCAAUGGUCUUGGCUCUAUCUACAUUCAAAGUGGGGACCAUGUUGCUGAACUUGGUCAAGUUUGCGACGCUCUUAAUAAGGCCAAAGACUAUACUGAGAACGACAUCCAACGUCAAGUGAUCGAACAUUAUCUCGAGAGCUUCAAGACUGGGACUAUGGAAUCCUUCAGAGACGCCCAAAAGUCAUGGGUCCAGGACAAAGGGCCGGUUGUCGAGAGCAUCAUGGGAUUUGUAGAGCCAUAUCGUGAUCCACAUGGCGUCCGUGGUGAGUGGGAAGGCUUCGUUGGUAUUUCUGAUCCUGUUGAAUCCCACAAGAUGAGACAGUUCGUUGAUCAAUCUACCACCUUCAUCAGACUUUUGCCUUGGGCGGUUUCUGAUGUCAACGAUGGCAAAGGUCCAUUCGAGAAGCACGUAUUCGUUGCCCCCGAUUACACCAACAGCCAUUCACUAGUCUUUUGCGCAAGCUAUUCAUUCGAGGCCACGAAUGUACCCAACUAUAACGACAUCAGAGAGACUUGCGGCUUCAAGAACAUCGUCGUCGCAAACCGUAUGAACGCCAGCAACGACCUAACCCGCCCCUGCCAUUAUGUGCAUGAUUCCGAGGCCAAGCGAUACCGGGAGUGCACGUACAUUGUCAGAUUUGUAACUACAGCAAUCCAUGAACUUCUGGGUCACGGGAGUGGCAAACUCUUGAGUGAGACCAAGCCUGGGCAGUUCAACUUUGACCGAAAAUAUCCGCCUGUCAGCCCUUUGACCAACAAGCCGAUCACGACAUGGUAUCGCUCUGGACAAACGUGGACUUCUACCUUUGGUGCCGCCGCUCCCAGCAUUGAAGAGUGUCGGGCCAUGUUGGUUCCGUUGUAUCUUAUCGAUGAUAAGCAGCUACUUUCUAUUUUCGGAUACAACGAAACCUCAGAUAUCACUACUCAAGAUCUUCAUUACAACACCUAUCUCCAGAUUGGAGUUGAAGGUCUUCAAGGUCUUGCCUAUUACAAUGUCGACGAAAGAACCUGGGGACAAGCACUUAAGAGGGCCCACUGGGCAAUCCUCCACCAUCUUCUACUUGAUGGGGACGGCGUCUUGGCCGUUGAGUAUGGUGCCCAAGAAGGAACCCUCACAGUCAGGGUCGACAAAAGCAAGUUGCUGUCUCAUGGUAAACCCUCUUUAGGGCGUUUCCUUUGUCGCAUUCAUAUUUGGAGAUGCACUGCGGAUGUCAGCCCUUGUCUUGAAUACUAUGACAAGGUUACUGCCGUGCCCGGCGAUCAUGAGGAAUGGCGUGAGCUCGUUGCCAAGAAGCCGGAGCCUCGUUGGAAGUUUAUUCACGCAAAUACGUUCUUGAAGGAUGGGAAUGUCACUGUGAAGGAGUAUGAGAACAGCAACGAAGGACUGAUUCAGUCAUGGGUGGAAAGGGGUAUUUGA